UCUUCCGACCGCGGACAGCAAUAUUCCGCCAUAAUUGCCACAACAACAUGGCUCGAAGAGUUGGAAUUGUAGGUUACGGAAGCUUAGGACGCCAUCUGGUGUCGCAAAUAGAAAAUGAUCGUCGGUUCGAAUUGGCUUUUGUGUGGAACAGGACUGUUUCCAAGAUGGAAGGUAGAGUGGAUCCGGAGCACAUCCUACUCGACUUGGACCACUUCGCAUCCAGACAGCCUGAUUUGGUCGUAGAAGUGGCUCAUCCCUCCAUCACGAAAGCCCACGGAGCGGAAUUCCUAAAGCACUGUGACUUCCUGAUAGGAUCGCCUUCAGCCUUGUGCGACGAGGCAUUGUUCACCGACCUGAAGCGCUCCGCGCUCAUCCACGGACUGUACGUUCCCAGUGGUGCUUUCUGGGGAGCCGAAGACGUCAGGAAAUUGUCAGAAGCAGGAAAACUGAAGAGCUUGCACGUGACGAUGAAGAAACAUCCGCUAAGCUUGAAAUUGAGGGGUAACCUGAAAGAGAAAAACGCUCGGGUCACAGACGAUGCCGUGGUGCUCUAUGAUGGUCCAAUCCGGGAGCUUUGUGAUUUGGCGCCCAACAACGUAAAUACCAUGGCAGUCGCUGCGGUGGCUGCGCCCGACCUGGGAUUCGACGGAAUCAGAGGCACUUUGGUGGCUGAUCCGAAGCUCGUCCACAGCCACGUUGUCGAGAUCGAAGCGUGCGGAUUUCCGAAAGACGACGGAUCCGGAUUUCGCGUCCGUACCGUCCGGGAGAACCCGGCCGUACUGGGGGAAGUGACCGGCGAAGCGACCUACGCGGCCUACUUCGGAAGCCUGGCGAGGGCUAAAAGUAAAGGUUCCGGCGUUCAUCUCUGUUGAUGUUGCUGUUGUCGUGUCCAUGGGAAGAGGAAAUGUCAUUACCUAUUGAAGAUGGACUUCUAAAUUAGACAACAACUGGCUCUCCCGUAGAAAGGAUGCAGCCACCAGUCAUCUCCACUUAAAAAAUUAAGACACGAACUGAAGGGGAAGAUAUGUUGUCCAGUCACCUUUAUCAGUGGUAGCUGCUCAAUGACCGACACGCAGGACUUUCUGACCCACAGAUUUUUACAAACAUAUCCUAUGGCAUUGAGGGAUUUCCGUGGCUCUGCGGUAGAAGCUUCGUCUUCUAAGCUGGAGGUCGUGGGUUCGAUUCCCGCCUGUGCCCUGUGUGUUGUUUUCUUCUCUUGUGUUGUAAAUCUUAUCUGUGUGUGUCCGGAGGCAAGACUCUUU